AUGCUUUCCAUUGCUCGAAAAUCAACAAUCUCCGGCAACAUCUCUCGCCUUGCCCAAAGAACUGUAGCAACAACUGCUACAGCCAGACCUCUUGUCCUCGUUUCUGGACAACAAUUGAAUCAGAGACGUCAAUAUACAAAUGCUAGUGCAACUGCUGAAAAGGAAACCAUUACCAAGCUUUUAUACAACAUUGGUUCUCGCAAGGAAGUUGAACAGUAUCUUCGCCACUUCUCUUCUGUCGAAUCCCAAAAGUUUGCUGUGAUCAAGGUUGGAGGCGCCGUUUUAACAGAUGAGCUUGAGACACUUGCAUCUGCUUUGACCUUUUUGAACAGAGUAGGUCUCUACCCUAUUGUUCUUCAUGGUGCCGGACCUCAAUUAAACCGCUUGCUUGAAGACGCAAAGGUGGAGCCUCAAUAUGAGGAGGGUAUCCGUAUUACUGAUCCUCAAACAUUGGAAAUUGCCCGCAAGGUAUUUAUGGCCGAGAAUUUGAAGCUUGUGGAUGCCCUUGAACGCCAUGGCACUCGUGCUAGACCCAUUCCUGGAGGCGUAUUCGUUGCUGAUUACCUUGAUAAAGAAAAGUAUGGUUAUGUUGGAAAGAUCACGGGCGUCAACAAGGAAGUCAUCGAGUCAUCUAUCCGUGCUGGUGCACUUCCCAUCUUGACCUCUCUAGCUGAAACACCCACAGGCCAAAUUUUGAACGUUAAUGCCGAUGUAGCUGCUGCUGAAUUGGCCACUGUGUUGGAACCUUUGAAGAUUGUUUUCUUGAAUGAAAAGAACGGUCUUUACCAUGGUGUUACUGGUAAGAAGAUUGAUGUUAUUAAUCUUGAUGAGGAAUAUGAGGAUCUUCUCAAGGAGCCCUGGGUUAGAUAUGGUACCAAGCUCAAGAUCAACCAAUGUAAGGAGCUUCUAGAUGGCCUUCCCAGAUCUUCAUCCGUCGCCAUUAUCUCUGCUGGCCAUUUGCACAAGGAAUUGUUCACUGAUUCUGGUGCUGGUACUUUGAUUCGUCGUGGUCACAAGUUGUUCAAAUACAACAAGCUUGAUGAGGUCGAUCCUGAUAAGCUUCGCCGCAUUAUGGAGGCUGAGGACGCUUCUAUUCAAGCUGGCGAAUCCUCUGUUGCCAGCUAUCUCCGCUCUCUUCAACAAAAGGAUGUUCAAAUCUACACUGAUGAGCCUGGACAAGUGUUGGCUAUCGUUACCAAGGAUCGUAAUGACCCCUCCAAGCCUGCUGUCCUCGAAAAGCUUUUGACCAGCAAGACAGCUGUAUUGAACAAUGUCCCUGAGAACUUGUGGAACUCUAUUCGUAAGGACAACGAAACUUUGACAUGGCGUGUGGAUGGUAAGGCAAAGGAAGGCAAUCUCGACCCCUCAUGGCACUUUGAGCGUGCUGACGGUUCCCUCAAGAACUCUCAAGAUGGCUCCACCACUUUCUUCUAUGGCAUUGCUGAUAAUGACAAGAUCAAGCAAACACUCAACAGCAUUAGCUCUCAAAAGGCUAGUGUCCCAUCUGGUACUCGCUCUUACUCCACCUACCGUCGCAGCAACUCUCAAUUCAUGUCUCGUCGUGGUUUUGCAAGCGCUGCUGGCCCCAAGAAUGUUGGUUUGAUCGGUGCUCGUGGUUAUACUGGUCGCGAGUUAAUUAGCUUGAUUAAUUCUCAUCCCAACUUGAAUUUGACUCAUGUUAGUUCUCGUGAAUUGGAAGGAAAGCCUCUUGAGGGCUACACCAAGGCUGAUCUGACCUAUGUCAACCUGAAGCCUAACGAUCUCAAGGCCCAAGAACAAGUUGAUGCGUGGGUGCUGGCUCUGCCCAAUGGUGUCUGCACUCCAUUUGUCAAGCAAAUCAAUGAAGAUGUCAAAUCUGGUCAAUCCUCUGAAAAGGUCUUGGUUGAUUUGAGUGCUGAUCAUCGUUUUGAUACCACAUGGACUUAUGGUCUUCCUGAAUUUAACCGCGAAAACCUCAAGGGUGCCACUCGUGUUGCUAAUCCCGGCUGUUAUGCCACUGGCGCUCAAAUGUCACUUCGUCCUCUCCUUCCUUUCCUCGACAAGCACUCUGCUCCCACCGUGUUUGGUGUCUCGGGAUACUCUGGUGCCGGUACCAAGCCCUCUCCCAAGAACGACCCAGCUUUUUUGAAGGAUAACUUGAUUCCUUACUCUUUGACAAAUCACAUUCAUGAGCGCGAAGUGUCUUACCAACUCGGUACAUCCGUUAACUUUAUUCCUCAUGUUGCUUCUUGGUUCCAAGGUAUUGCUUUGACAGUCAAUGUGCCUUUGAAUAAGACCAUGUCCAGCCAAGAUAUCAAAUCUGCUUUUGAGGAGUUCUAUCAAGGCGAGCAACUUGUCAAGGUGUUGGAGUCUGGCGAGCCUCUUGUCCGUGAUAAUGCUGGUAAGCAUUUCGUUCGUGUUGGUGGAUUCAAUGUUCAUCCCGAUGGUCGUCGUGCUGUCAUUACCACGACAAUUGAUAACUUGUUGAAGGGCGCUGCUACUCAAGCAGUUCAAAACUUGAACCUGUCUUUAGGCUUUGAUGAAUAUGCUGGUAUUCCCACAAACUAA